ACUGGGCCACUGGCCACCAGGCCACCGGGCCACCAAGCCACCCGACAAGGGAAACGGUCGCCACAGGGGCCUCAGGUAGGGUAACGUAUGAUGAGGCUUUUACUAUGGCUAAUGACCCCCUGGAAGGCUUCCAUGAAGUAAACCUGGCUUCACCGACGUCUCCGGAUCUCCUCGGAGUGUAUGAGUCAGGGACUCAGGAACCAUCUACCUCACCGAGCGUCAUCUAUCGUCCGCAUCCCUCGGCGGUGUGCUCCACGCCUAUCCAGGCGAAUGCGUUAAAUGUUUCGGACCUUCCCACCCAACCCGUUUAUUCCUCUCCCAGACACUUAAAUUCCGCGGAGCCGUCCAGUGUCAGCAUCAGCGUUGCAGACACCGUGCCCUGUUCUACCUCCGGAACCCCAUUCAAACCCUCGAAUGCCAGGAAGGACAACAGUAAUGCAGAGAGGGAAUUUCUACAGGGGGCCACGGUGACGGAGAUUUCCGACAGCAGCGACGAUAUCUUUGGGUUGAGUACCGAAAGCCUCUCUCGAUUACGGAGCCCAUCCGUUCUGGAAGUGAGAGAAAAGGGCUAUGAAAGGUUAAAAGAAGAACUUGCAAAAGCCCAGAGGGAGCUGAAAUUAAAAGAUGAAGAAUGUGAGAGGCUUUCUAAAGUGCGAGAUCAACUUGGACAGGAGUUGGAAGAACUCACAGCUAGUCUGUUUGAGGAAGCUCAUAAAAUGGUGAGAGAAGCCAACGUCAAGCAGGCAACUGCAGAAAAACAGCUAAAAGAAGCCCAGGGGAAGAUCGACGUCCUUCAAGCUGAAGUCGCAGCUUUGAAGACCCUGGUUUUGUCAUCUUCUCCGACAUCACCAACUAAAGAGUUUCAGCCAGGCGGGAAGGCAACUUUUAAGAAAGGACACACAAGAAAUAAAAGCAUGAGCAGUGCUAUGGGUGGCAGCCAUCAGGACCUCAGUGUGAUGCAGCCAAUUGUAAAAGAUUGCAAAGAGGCGGAUUUCUCUCUAUAUAAUGAAUUCAGAACUUGGAAGGAUGAGCCAACCAUGGAUAGAACAUGCCCUUUCUUGGAUAAAAUCUACCAGGAAGAUAUAGUUCCAUGUUUGACCUUCUCAAAAAGUGAGUUGGCAUCAGCUGUUCUCGAGGCUGUCGAAAACAACACCCUAAGCAUUGAACCAGUGGGCCUGCAACCUGUUCGCUUUGUGAAAGCUUCCGCAGUUGAAUGCGGAGGACCAAAGAAAUGUGCUCUCAGUGGUCAGAGUAAGUCUUGUAAACACAGAAUUAAAUUAGGAGACUCAAGCAACUACUAUUAUAUUUCUCCAUUUUGUAGAUUCAGGAUCACUUCGGUGUGCAACUUUUUUACGUACAUUCGCUAUAUUCAACAAGGACUCCUGAAGCAGCAGGAUGUUGAUCAGAUGUUUUGGGAGGUCAUGCAGUUGAGGAAAGAGAUGUCAUUGGCAAAACUGGGAUAUUUCAAGGAAGAACUCUAAUUCUCUUCACUGGAAUAUGCAUGAACUUCACUGAAUAUACAUAGUUCUAAAAUGGCUGAAUUUUUUAUUGUCAAUAUUUAUUUUCAAAGAAUGGGUCCAAAAUCUUUUUCUCUUUUUGCAGAUUGCACCCAAAGUGCUGUGAUUACUUUAAACUUAUCUAUAUUCUCUGUGUUCCGAAAAACAACAAAAAAACGGGGGAAAAAACCCCAACCCUUUAGUUGAACAAAAUCUGAUCAGGACUCGUAGGUGCCCUUGUGAUUGUAACUUACCUUUGCAAAAAAUCGAAAUAAAUCUUAGAUUGAAGA